AUGGCGCUUAGUAACCGGUCUAAGAGAGGCCUAAGAUGGUGUUGUGGUGUUACUGUACUUCUCACAAUCAUCCUUCUCGUAGUUACAAUUGUCCUGUUUCUCACCAUUUUAAAGCCCAAGGAACCGAAAAUCAUCACUGAGGGUGUUACUCUCGAAUAUGUUAGGUUAAUUAUUUUUCCAAUAUUUCAGCUAAAUGUGUCAUUGGGGGUUGAGGUGGAGAUUGAUAAUCCCAACUACGGGAGCUUCAAGUACCAAAAUAGUACGACUCACAUAACUUAUCGCGGGAAACAUGUAGCUGAUGCUCCGAUUGCAGAGGACACCAUUCCAUCUCGCGGCAAGCAUAACGUAAGCACCAGUGUGCUGAUUGAAGGGGAGAAGCUGGUUUUGGAUUCGAAUUUUUCGGGUGAUUACAAUGCAGGGUGCUUGAAUUUUACUUCAUCGACCACCUUGCAUGGCAAAGCUAUUGUGAUGAAGUUCAUCAAGAUAAAGGCCACAAGCUAUAGCACCUGUGACAUCUCUGUGUUUGUCCACGAAAACAAUGCCACUUCUGUAUGCAGUUCAAAAUUCAAGUAUUGA